UCUUUUUUUUUUUUUUUUUUUUUUUCAUCAUGAGUUUAACAAAGGCUGAUGCCAAUAAGCAAGGUUGGGAAGACUCUGAAUUUCCUAUUGUUUGUGAGACAUGUUUAGGUGAGAAUCCUUAUGUUCGCAUGACAAAACAACCUUUUGGAAAAGAAUGCAAGAUCUGUCAAAGACCUUACACGGUAUUCCGUUGGUUACCUGGAACAAACAUGAGAUACAAAAAGACCGAAAUCUGUCAAACAUGUGCCAAAGUAAAGAAUGUGUGUCAAACGUGUGUAUUGGAUUUGCAAUACGGUUUACCGGUUGAGGUCAGAGACAAGGCUUUGAAUUUGAAAUCAGAAGCACCUUCCACCGACAUCAAUCGACAAUAUUUUGCACAAAAUCUCGCUAAUAAGGUAGAAGAUGGGACAGGCAUAUAUGACGCAGGAAAAUUAACACCUGAAAGUCGAGACAUGUUGACAAAAUUAGCAAGAACCGAACCUUAUUAUCAACGUAAUCGAGCUCAUUUAUGUUCGUUCUUUUUGAAGGGAGAGUGUACACGUGGUGAUGGAUGUCCAUAUCGACAUGCUUUACCUACCGAGAGUGAUAGCUCUGUUAAGCAGAAUAUCAAGGACCGUUAUAAUGGAAACAAUGAUCCAGUUGCAAUGAAAAUGUUGAACAGAUCUCGCGCAGGACAUGGUGGGUCUUUAGCUGCUCCCAAUGAUAAAUCUGUGACCACUUUGUUCGUGACAGGUAUCGAACCAGAAAUUACACAGGAUGAUUUAAAGGGAUUCUUUUAUGUUUUUGGUGAUAUCAAGUCUGUGAUUGUUGCUCAUAAAACUAAAUGUGCCUUUAUUAAUUUCAUGACUCGAACCUCAGCAGAAUUAGCUGCUGAGAAAGUAGCUGAAAUUGGAUUAAAUUUAAAGGGACAUGCACUAAAAGUUGUAUGGGCUAGACCCAAACCUCAAGGCAAAUCAGAACAAAAACCAGCCAAGCCUAUAGAUUUAAAUACCAUUCAACCUCCUGCUCCUCCUUCUGGAAAAGAAAAAGUAAAGUAUCCCAGUCAAAAUCCCAGUGCCAAUGGUUCCACUUAAUAAAAUUUUCUUUCUUUUUUUUUUUCUCUCUCCUUUCUUUUUUUAUUAUUAUUAUUACUCCCAAAAAUAUUCGAGAUGCUU